CAUUUUAUCCUUGACUAGGAUUUGUUCAACAAUGACUAGCCCAGUUUUACUUCAAGGGGUUAGGUCACAAUUUGUCGUAGCUUUGUUUACUGAUGGCGAUGGAAACAGUACGUCCGGGGGGAGGAUAGAGCUGGACUAUUAUCCAAAAUUUGAUGACACUACUACUUCAACUACGGCUCCUUCAACUACGGAUGAUCCAUUUCCAGAAUCUUCGGUUUGUGGAGAAAUUCUAGAAGGCCUCAGCGGGCGAAUAUCCUACAAAUUAAAUGAAACGUACAGCAGUUGGGAACGAUGUUUGUGGAUAGUUCGAGUUCGAGAGGCAUCUUCAAUCACCUUCCGCCUUGUCGAAUCUGGUCUUUCUACUGAUACAAAUGAUUAUGUCCAUAUCAGUGGGUUCAGUCAUGUUCUUACCGAGUUGGAUAACGACCCUAGAAUAAUGGAUAAAAUUCAACUAAAACAUGAUGGGACUCCGGUCAGAGUGAAUGGAUCCGUGGCCAUUAUUCAUUUUGCUACCGACAGUCAAUACCACGGAACCGGAUUUGUUCUAGAGUUUGAAGGAAAUUACGACGAUAAUCAACCCAGUUCUAUCGGAACUAGUGCCAUCCUGCAAGGGUCUAAUGGGUCAUUAACACAUCCAUAUGUUAACAAUGAACUGAGCAUUUUUCUGUUUGAGCCACCAAAUGCAGUCUUUGAUCCUGCAAUUGCUUACCAAUUUUCUAUCAAUUCCGCCGGUGCGGGCGACGCCAUCGAACCUCGAUGUAAAGACUCCAUCCGAUUGUUUUUCUUUGAUCUUUAUACGACAGGAUUUGUAUUCGAAGAAAUGGUUUGCAAUGAGCAAUUAAAUCCGGAUUAUGUUCAUGCACGCUCAUCAAAGGUAGUAAUAAUGGUGUUCAUAUCUGAUGGCUCUGUGACGGCGAACGGAAUCAACAUUGAUUGGACAUGGUCAUAAUUAACUCAAAUAGGCUUACAAACGUUAUAUAUUUAUACAUACACAUUUACACGGAAAAUAUGUAAAUAUCCUGAACCCAUUCAUCACUAACUAUUGAAAAAUUCAUGUUUAUUAUGCACUUAUCUGCGGUGAGGUCUUUGUUCAAAAUGUCGUUAUUCUUAAAUAAUUACAUAAUUAAUAACUCCCUGUAUAAAUAAAAACUUAAAAUUAUCCAAUUAA